GUGAACUGCGGCAUCAACUGGGGACCUCUACAUCAAGCCUUUCGAAACCAAAAUCAAGUAAUGUAUGACGAACCUCUGAUUUUGAGUUAAUCGAAGUGUCUCUCUCCUUUCUCCCUUUCUGUGAUUGAUUUAAAGUCCUUUGAAGGAAGUUAGGGUUAGAGGUGAGGAGGAUUUUGAAUGUGCAACAAAAGGGGUUUUUUUUUUUUUUGGGAUCCUGACUUAUUCCUCCCCCCUAGUUCGUGCAGAGUUUGAGAAAAUGUCGUCAGAAAGAACACAAAGUAUAGUAGGGAGUGAGGUGAUGCCUUUGGACUAUGGGAGCAUGGACUCAGAGAGUAGUCCAUCUCCUUCUAGUUCGGAGAAGACGGUAGAGAAGGUGAGAGGGGAUGAGGUGAUAGAGGUAGGGGAGGAAGAGGUAGUAGAGGUUGGGGGUAAUGAGGUGGUAAGGGUUGGAGGAGAUAGCAUACCCAUAACCGUAGUAGAAGUAGAGGGUAGAGGCGAGAGGGAUUAUGAUGUGAACGCCGAGAUAGUGGAAGAGGUGCAGCAGUAUAGGUCUGAACUAAGGACCAGGGAUAGCCUGGGUCACUUAGUGGAAAAUUACGAGAUCUCUUCUCGAGUGCUGGUUAGGCGAGUUGGGGUAGAGGAGAGAGCGUGUUAUGCUCCUCGGGACCAUUGGAUGCCCAUAUAUUCCCACUAUCUGAUAGCGGGAUUGAGGUUUCCAAUUCCUGAGUUGCUGGUAGGAUUGUUAUUAGAUUACAAGAUAGGGUUCACACAAUUAGUCCCCAAUGCUAUGAGGGGAGGUAGUAUGAGGGAUAAGGGGUGGUAUUACUUCACCCCGAGGGUAGCCAAUAGGGAGAGUAGGUCUUUAUUCACAACGGGUCCUUCAUCCAUUAAAGGAUGGAAGGAAAAAUUCUUUUUUGCGGAUGAUACGGAGUGGGGGAGAGGGGAUGCCGAGGAAGAAGUGAGGAAGUUGGUGAGGAAGAGGGGGGAUUUACUAAACAUAAUGGACCUCACCAGCGCACAAUGCAUAGAAGCUGCUGAGCUCUAUGGGCCAAGCGCUUUGAGUGAAGCUGAAAUGGACCAGUUUUUAAACACUACUGAAGAAGCGGCCAUCCCCAAGAAGCCAAGGAAGAAGUCAAAGACUUCAACCAAGCAAAUGGAUGAGGAGAGGGCGAGGAAGGAGAAGAAGCAGAAAGUGGUGGAGGAAGAGAGGGGGGAAGAGGUACCACAGUUUGUACCUCAACCUCCUCUUGUUGAGCUGAACCCUGAGCUUAGACAGUUGGAGGAGGGGGCUGAGGUACGAGCUCAUGGUAAGGGAAAGGGGCCUGUUCCCCCGCUGGGGCCUAAGAGCAGCCUGUUCGAGGCGAAGAACAUGACGGGGGCUAGGUGGUUCAUCAAUAGCACCUUCCCCGAAGUGGACAAACACAACGCGCGAGAGGAAGCUCUGAGGUAUGGUGGAGCAUCCGUUGUGAAGCACGUUUUAAAGAGCGCGAGCUGGGUGAAUGGACUAGCCCAAGAAUUCAGGGAGAGCCUGAAGGAGCGCUCACUCUUGCAGAGGCAGUGUGACCAGCUGCAGAAGGAGAAGGAGGAGUUGGAGAAGAGAAACAAAGAACUGCAAGAGUCGCUGAACGAGGUGGUUCCUACUGUGAAGCAAUUGGAGCAGGAGAGGGCUUCCCUGAGCACCAAGCUCGUCUUUGAAGAGAGCAAACAAAGGAUCUCUGAAAGCGAGCGUGAGGCUCAGGCGCAAGAACUAGAGCUGACGAAGGAGGCUUUCUUGGAGCUGAAGGAGAAUGUGCAAACCUUGGUGCAUAAUGGAAUGAAGGAGCACAUCAGCAACUUCAUCAGCUCCAGCUCGUUUGACAACAUCGUCAACUUAUAUCGGCUGCCCACUACCAUCAUUGCAUUCACGGACUACAGGAAGAAGGUGAAGGCAGAAUAUCCCGAAGUGGAUAUUACGAAGAUUACCUUCGGAGAGCAAGAAGAAGGAGUGGAGGAAGAUGGUGAGAGCAUGUCAGGAGACUUCUGUCCUCAGAUCAACCUGAGGUGGGAGCAUGAUGCAAACGGACGUGCUGUAUUCCCUCCCCAGUUCGACUUCGAGUUCGUUGCAGUGGAGGAAGAAGGGGUAGAGGUAGAGGGAGACGAGGUGGAGGCAGGAGUGGAGGGAGCUGAAGUGGAUGAGAGCGAACCAGUUCCAGAAGUGGAGAUUCAUCCAGUUCCCUCCGACGAUGAAUAGCCUCCUCUGCCAGACGAGCAGCAGCCAACAUAGCCAUCUCCUCCAGCUGAGUAGGAGCCAGUGGAACCACCUCUCCCGGCAUAGAAAUAAUUUUGUUUUUUAAUUUUUUGUAGAAACAUUAAUCAAUUUGUAACACCAUUAUUUCGUUUAUGUUUGUUAUAUAUUUUUGUUAUCUUUUACGAAUAAAAGAACUGAGAGUAC